AAAUGAAUGCCAAUCGACAGUGGAUGUAUAAUAGGCUCAAGGACGGGUUGUUGAAUACUGAAUUUUUAAAUGGUUUAGAGGAGUUCAUACAAUUUGCUUCAACCCAUCCUGAAUGUAUGGAUGGUAUGAAUAUAAGAUGUCCUUGUAGUAUGAAAAGGUGUUCGAAUCGGAGGUUCCUCUGUGUGGACGAUGUACGAUAUCAUCUGAUGAAAAAUGGUUUCGUCCCUAAUUACUACAGGUGGACAGCACAUGGUGAAUGUUGGGAUGAUCAAGGAACCUCUAGUGUGCUAAUGUCUGAAACUAUCAUGGAAAACGAUUUUCAAACUGGGACUAGUGGCCGAUACCAUGAAAUGGUACUUGAAGGGUUUGGUUUACCGCCUCAAAUUGAAUUCAUGGAGGAGGCACCUAAUGCCGAGGCACAAAGGUUGUAUGAAAUGUUACAAGCAGCAAGUGAAGAGUUAUGGCCAGGAUGCAAUAAGCACACAAAACUAUCUGCUGUGGCACGUUUGAUGAACAUGAAAUCGGAGCAUCAUUUCUCUGUAAAAUGUUUUGAUCAGAUUGUCGAGUUUUUGAAAGAAGUUCUACCUGAAGAUAAUGUGCUUCCUGAUAAUUUUUACAAAACGAAAAAGUUAAUUGAGGGUUUGGGUCUACCAGUGGAAAAGAUUGAUUGUUGCAGAAAUAAUUGCAUGAUAUAUUGGUCUGGUGACGCUGAGUUACAAGAAUGCAAGUUUUGCCAGCUUCCUAGAUAUAAACGCACGGAAAAUUAUUUGAAGCUAAAAGAACAACAUUCAAGCCAGAAUGUGGGAUCAGAUCAUGUGGAAGGAGAUGGAGGAAAUAUUAAUGAGGAUCAAUUGUUCAUUGCUGCAGCAGGAGGAUGGCAAGGAAGUCGAGUUUAUGGUUUAGGUAGUGCUGCAUCUUCUGCCUUCUCUCAAACAGGAACUGUGGAAAAAACAACAGAUGUUCCAUCAUCACAAUCACCAGAAUGGAAGAAGGAAAUUGAAGCAAAGUUUGAUGAGAAGUAUAAUAGUUUGCAGAAACUUGUAGAAGACCAAAAUCAGAUAAUAGCUCAAAUGCGUGAUGAACUACAGGCAACGAGGAUGGGACAGCAGUCUUCCUCAUUGAUGCCAUCAACAUCUGAUAUGCCUCCAGCUCAAAGAUCCCCUGGUGAUUCACAUAUAGAUUAGCAUGAUAUCAUUUCUCACUGACUUUAAUAAUAUAUUUUAUGAUAUGAAUUUGAUACUAUUUGGAUUAAUUAUGUAUUUUGAGAUAUUUUAAGUUU